AGCAGAAGGACUGGCGAUCAAAAACCAUCGGAGCAACAGCUUAAAAUGUCUCUUCGAUGAUGCAAAACGCUCUCGCGCAGCACUUAAUGAUUUGCUUGUGUUACAGAAAGCAAUAGACCUCGCUAGCAAGGCAGCGCAAGAAGAUAAAGCAGGAAACUAUGAGGAAGCCUUCCGCUUGUACCAGCACGCUGUGCAGUAUUUUCUCCAUGUUGUCAAAUAUGAAGCACAGGGUGAUAAAGCAAAACAGAGCAUUAGAAUGAAAUGUACAGAAUACUUGGACAGAGCAGAAAAGCUGAAAGAAUAUCUGAAAAAGAAAGAAAAAACUGCACCAAAACCAGUUAAAGAGUCGGGUCCUACUGAUGGAAAAGGGAAUGACAGCGAUGGGGAAGGGGAGUCAGAAGAUCCUGAAAAAAAGAAGCUACAGAAUCAACUUCAAGGAGCAAUUGUUAUGGAGCGACCAAAUGUAAAAUGGAGCGAUGUUGCUGGCCUCGAAGGUGCCAAAGAAGCACUUAAAGAAGCCGUGAUCUUGCCCAUUAAAUUUCCACACCUGUUUACAGGAAAGAGAACACCCUGGAGAGGGAUUCUCCUCUUUGGACCACCAGGAACAGGGAAGUCUUAUUUAGCGAAAGCUGUGGCGACAGAAGCAAACAACUCUACCUUCUUCUCAGUGUCUUCCUCUGACCUUGUCUCAAAGUGGUUAGGAGAAAGUGAAAAGUAAGUUGGAGUUGCCAGACUUCCA